CAGCAGAGGGCAGUGUGCUCCACUCCUGUGUCCGGAAACGUUAGAAGAAGAAGAGAAUAACAAACACAAGCGCAGACGCGAAUUAUAUUGCUUUGAUUUGAUUAACUUCGUGCAAGAUGGCAACCACGAUCAGCACUCAAAGAGGACAGGUAUACAUCGGAGAACUUCCGACGGACUUCCUGAGGAUCACGCCGACGGUCCAGCAGCAGCAGGUGCAGAUGGACGCUCAUACGGCGCAGCAGCUGCAGUACGGCGGCAGCCUCAACUCCAUGGGCCGGAUCAGCAUCACGGUCGUGCAGGCAAAGUUGGCUAAGAACUACGGCAUGACGCGGAUGGACCCAUACUGCAGAAUUCGGCUCGGCUACACUGUGUACGAAACACCUACGGCACACAACGGCGCCAAAAACCCGCGCUGGAACAAAGUGAUCCAGUGUCCACUGCCCCCUGCAGUCGACUCCUUCUACCUCGAAAUCUUUGACGAGAGGGCGUUUUCCAUGGACGAUCGCAUCGCCUGGACUCACGUGACCAUCCCAGAGAGUCUGAGGGAAGGCAGUGUGGUGGACGAGUGGUACAGCCUGAGUGGAAGACAAGGAGACGAUAAGGAAGGAAUGAUUAACCUUGUCAUGUCUUACUCUUCAGUGCCAGCGGGAAUGAUCAUGCCACCUCAGCCUGUGGUCCUGAUGCCCACCGUGUACCAGCAGGGUGUGGGAUACGUGCCCAUUGCAGGUGUCCCAGGCGUCUAUAACCAGGGUGUGAUGCCCAUGGGGAUGCCCAUCAGCGCCCCUCACAGUGCCCCGUACAGUGAGGAGGACCUGCGGGCCCUGAGCGACAUGUUUCCUAACCUGGAUAAGGAAGUGAUCCGCAGUGUGAUGGAGGCGCAGCAGGGGAACAAGGACGCUGCCAUUAAUUCUCUGUUGCAGAUGGCCGAGGAGGUCUGAUUGUGCUGGAAACGCACACACAAGGCCACUGAAACCAUUCUCCAACAACAGAAUUAUGUUUUUUUUCUCCUCCUCCCUGUCCAUCAAGUCAGAAAUAAACACACAGCAUCACUGGAUGUUAUGUUUCAAUUGCUGCGCUCACUGAUGGCUUUGUCCUCCCCCAUGAAGAUAAUCAUGUUUUGGUUUCAUUCUUGUUUUUGUGGCUUUUUUUUUUUUUUUUUUUUUUUUUACAUAGUCUGGCUGCAGCCACUCGUCUCCACUCAGAGCUCUCUGUCUCAGAUAAUGAAUAUAUUUAAUGUGUUGUAUUAUAUUCUGAAGAUAAAUGAAAUGCGUUAAGAGCAGGUCUAAUAAUAAUAAUGGCAGAUUUGAAAAUAUCAUCCAGGUUGCUAAACCUUGAACGAUAUUUUACACACUUUGGCUAACACACUGUAACUCUGCCUUGGGUUUGGAUGCACAGCCUCUCGGGUCUGAGUCUUUAAUUAAUUGUCAGUAUAAUAACACUCUAAGAGUCACAGUGGGCCUCUGAGAAUCCUAGAAAAUGAUCCAUGACUGAGUUUAUUAUCAUUUAGCUUAAUGCCAUGCUGCGAUAAACUGAAUCUGUUUCCUAAUCUAUACAGCCAAGCAUAAUAAAUUGUAAUAAUUUCUCUAAAUUUGGUAUGAACCUGUUCAGCUAUGGGUGAAAUGGACCAUUAGAUCUAAAUUGAUCUGAUUCUGAAUCAGAGUCACUGAGAGCAGUCGAUUCCUCACACUUCAUCACUGCGUCAAGAUUAACCUUCAAUGCCAAAGGUUUUGUUCAUAUAGCUGAUUUCUCUGAUGGGUUUUUACAGUUUUCUAAUCUUAAAUACAGUUUAAUGUUAAAUGCUUAGACCUUUUAAUUCAAGUUUAAGAAGAGAGCAAAAACUUUGCAUUCCCUGUGGUAAAUAUUAAAACUUUAUUCCUGUAUCUUUAGAGUUUGGGCACAACAACAACAACAAAAAAAAAACAAUGAAAGAAAAGUGUAAAAGACCCUGUUGGUUUCCAGAUAUCUGCAGGCAGUGUUGUCAAUAGAAAUGUUAAGAAGAAUUCGGACACAAGAUUUCAAAUCCAAGUCUUUAUAAAUAAAUGAGUUCCUGUUUUUUUUUGUUUGUUUUUUUAAACAAACUUUUGCACUCAGGUGUAUAUUUUUAUUUAUUCAUUUCACAAAAAAACGAAUGCUAAAAUGCACUGGUUGUAAAUAUAAGAAACACAUUACCCAUAAUUCCAUACUCAUGCACAAUGCCAAAGGUUUUGUUUUGAACAGACAAAGUUAUCGAAGGUAUAUUUGCGAGGUCAGCAUUAUUUCUCUGUGUUCAUGUUAAAUUGUUUUUGGUGGUUGUUUUUUUUUUUUUUUCGUCUUUUGUUUUCCGUACAGCAGAUGUUGCCAUAUUCCAUGAAAGUCUGGACGUUCUCAUGUAAGAGCGAGAGAUCAGAUUCGGUAUGUGUGUCUAAAAUUCCUCUAAGCCAUUCUCGAACCCUUUGCCGUUGUUGGCCUUCCGAAUGCAAAACCGAAUGCAAGUCUCAUGUCUCGUGUUCUACAUAUCAAAGUGCACGUGAAGAUCAACCACUGAUUUUCUUACAGAAAAUCCAAGAUUUUCAUUGAAUCAUUGACGUUUAAUUUCGACACGCUUAAUCGUUUCUUGAUGCGGUCUAAGCUGUAAACUCACAACGUUCUUAGAUCAAUAAAAUGCUUUAGUGCAGCUUGUUGUUGUCGUCGUUGUUUGAAAUCAAACGCUAAGCUUUUUGCUUUGAAAUCUGCAGUAAAAAAAAUGAUAACCAGUGUAUUUAUUAGUCCUGUAGUGAGGAUGUUUAAAUUUCUACGUUAUGAUUAUUCCGCUCAUGCAAGAGCAGUGAUGUUGGCACUUUACUUUCUGAAAAUAUGUUUGAUUUUUUUUUGUUGAACAGUAUACACAAGAAUGACAAUAAAAUGAAAAGAAUAUUCUGA